AUCGACUACAACAGAAACAGCUGGACAUGCCAGGAGCGAGCAUCAUCAGGAACCUGCAGUCUCCUAGUGCAGCGAGCUCAGCUGCUAAGCGAGGGAAGCCCCUCCAGACUCCGCCAGGUUAUCAGGACAUUCAACCAGUGGCUUCGAGGCAUGUUUCACUGCGGGAUAUGGCGCUAACUCCUGCCCGUGUGCCUCCGUUCACCAUCCCACCGCUGUGUGCGACGAGGCGGCCUGGGGGCUCCUCUGCCGGGGGCGGCCUUAGACGCAACACGCUGCCGGCCUCCGCUCACUCUCAGCGGACUACCAGAGCGCUCAGCCGCCGCUGCUGCCCUUUCUCAGCGCUCGGCCUCGCGGAUAUGGAGCCUCACACCUGUGCUUCUUCAGACCCGGCGACAAGAGCGGCGAUGUCUCUGCUCCACCUGGCCAAAAUAACCACGCCGUACGGCUUCAUCACUCUGGGGGAAAGUCCCUGUGUCCGCCGCAGGGAGUCGCUGUUCUUCCAGGAACACCAACCACAGCCAAGUCCCAGCGAAGAGGAGCAGCAGUGUAUGAAAUCAAGGAGUCUUCCUUGCGGUCCCCUGAUGUAGCAGCUCGCUGUUGUGUGGCUCUUCAACCGGAAAAUGAUCUUCCCACUUCAUGUGACAGUGCAAAAGCAUACAAAUGCACACACUUGUCCAGCAGUUCACCAAGAAAGGGAAGAUUGAAGUAUUUACUGAAGAAGCGCUUUGCAGCACAGGAGGUACUUCACUUCUCUUGACCUCUCUGAAGCGACUUGCAGAAGAAGUUCCAUGGGCACUUGCAAAAAGACACUCCAUCCAGAACAGAAGAGCUCAAGAAAGCAGCGUGAACUGGUGAAAAUGAGUGGAAAAUGGUGUGUUGAGAUCUGGAGUGGAAGUUAAUUUUCCAGAAAGAAACUUCUCCUUCACAUGUGCACAUUUAUUGAAGUUUAUAAGUGUUAUUUAAAAAAAAUGUUUGCUGCUGUGUUUCCAGGAUUCAUUAUGUUGAGUUACUGUAUAUAUCAGGAUCAAGUCGUUUAAGAGAUGUUAAAUAUAGUAUUUAAUAUUAGUUAAACACAAUCUGUACAAACACUGUCUGUGCCCAGUGUCAGUUUCUAAAAUCCCAAUGUUCACACUGUAAGAAAGCUACUCUGAUUUGCAAAAAGAAUGGCCAGCAGAUGGAGCUUCAGUUAUACAUCACUCAAAACCAUGAGAGUAAAGUUUCAACUUGUAA